CAUUAUCUUGAAACAAUUCGAUAUGGCUUCAAUACAAUUCGUCCUACAACCUCUACCUGGGACAGAUGAGCAAUUUAUAGACAGGCUUCGGGAGGUGUCAGAUAAAGUAAACAAAUUUGGAUUUGGAACACAUCGUAUAUUCGAACAGCUUAAAAUUCCAGUUAGAGAUGUCGUAAUUGGACCCAAUCAUAUUGGUGUGCUUUUAGAAGAUGGAAAGGCUUUUCGUGUUGCGUUUUCGAUUAACACUGACCGUUUGGAUCUUACCAAACAUGAUUCAACAAAAGGUGGAAACAACUCUACUAACGCUUCAGCAAACUCUAAGACAUCAGCUCCAGCAUCAUCUCGUCAGUUAGCUCGAUCAAGGGCUCGUCUGAUGCGCACAACGGGUCGUUCUGGGUCUGGAGGGCAGAGUUCAGGCUCAAGAAGCACUGGCGUAAUAAUAGGAGGCAACUCUUCUAGUCGUUCUUUAGUUACUGUUCCAGCUACUUAUGUUCCGGAGGAAUUAAUAUCACAAGCAGAAGUGGUUUUACAAGGAAAAAGUAGAAAUUUAAUAAUACGGGAACUGCAGCGGACUAAUUUGGACGUUAAUUUGGCUGUUAAUAAUUUAUUAUCGCGUGAUGAUGAGGACGCUGAAGAUACUGAAGAAGGAGGCGACAACUAUGUUCCAGAAGAUCUAAUAUCAUUACUAGACAAUGGUUUUCACGGCGACAACAACAGUGUAAUAAUCGAUCCCUCUGAUGGUCUAUUUACUGAAGAAAUUUUUAGCAACUAUUCAAGUAUUAGAAACUUAUUGUUUGAUCGGAUACGCAGCGAACGCAAUCAGUCUAGCUCAAACACGGAAAAUAACCAAUCAAGAACUACUGGUGCGGGAAGUAGCGUUUUGAGUGGCGCCAGCAGCUUGUCAGCCCAAAUUACGCCUGUAGGUGCUGCACAUGAAGCUUUCAGUCGUUGGAGGGAUCGCCAAUGCUACGUUCCCAGACGAUGGUUGAAUAAAGACGAUUACGUUUGGGAUAAAGAUGGAGAUUCAAAAAAGAAAGAUCCAGCAUCUAUGACUUCUCCUAUUUGGAUAUCGGAAGAACUUCAGCCUUGGCCAGAUAAGAACAACACCCUCAAGUUCAAAAAAAUUGCUGCACUUUAUUCGGAAUUCAUUGCAAUUUCAGAGAGUGGUGAACUUCAUUUGUGGCGAUGGACCGACUCUGAGCCAUACAAAUCAGAGGCGGAAAAUGUAUACCAUCCUAAAACAAGUUCUCUUAAUAUCACUGAAAAAAUUGAACACAUUUCGGCCAACUUCAUCCGAUGUUCUGUGGUAACCGAAAAUAGUCGUGUGGCCACUUGGAUGGACGAACAAUUGGGAUACAUAGGAAACAAGUUGGAGCACCCAUCGAUUCUAUUUAGCGAGUUCAUUUUAGAUCCUAUUGUAUCCGUAAACACUUGCUCUUUAUACACCGCUGUAAGGACUGAAAAUAAUAACGUGUAUUGGUGGGGCGUUCUACCGUUUGAUCAGCGCCGAUAUUUAUGGGAUAAGAGCCGUACAAAGUUGAAAAAACCCUUUAAGACUUUAUCUUCCGAUAUAUCUGUGGGAACACAAGUUAUUAUGAAGAAGUGCCCAAAGUAUCAGACAGGAUCCAUUGGAUUCACUUGCGCUAACGGUGUUCCCAAAGUCGGUCAGCUUUUGAACUCUGUAUGGGAUUCGAACGAUGUCUGCAGAUUUAAAAUACUUAACGUUACAAAUGCCAUUGGACCGGAAAAACUACAACAGGCUAGUUGUAGUACAGCUAAUAGUUUGGUAUGUUCUUUAGAUAAAGAAUUGACAAAAACUGUAGCAAUUCAGAAUGUAAAUACAAACAAGAGCUCGUCGUCAAACAAAGAAACAACAGACAGAAUAGAUAUGCCUCCCCCACCAUCCCCUGCCUCCAGUACGUGCAGUGAUACGGGUAGCGUUACUUCUCAUAAGCGUACUAAACGUAUGGCAACGAAAGAUGAGAAUUUGGAUGCAAAGAAAGAUGAAGAGCUGUGGUAUUUACGAGAUGUUGUGUUUGUUGAGGAUAAAAUUGGUCCCAUUGGAAAAGUGCUUAAAGUUGAUGGUGACUUUGUAGCAGUACGAUUUCCGGUAUCGUCUAUUCCUUCAUCUGCGUCGUCGACUGGUGCUUGCAAUAGCGAGGGAAAGGAAGAUGACUGGCAACAAUGUCGUCUAUUGCGGCGCGAAGAUGUUCAGGUGUACAAAACAGCUAUGGCCUCGCGAGGACCGGAGUGGCUGCAAAAGCUACCUAAAAAAAUAAAUAUCAGCCACGGGAAUGAUCCCUCUGCCUUUCAAUUGCUUUCGCUUGCCGUCGAUUUACGCGGGAUUCAUGUGGUGAAAAAGGUGGCCAACAAACUCCACUAUAGUCUCUAUAAUUUGUACAACAGCAAGCAAGAACAAAAUUGUCAAUUUCCAACAGACAGCACUUCAUUCAUUGGGUCGUCAGUAAAUAAUAUUUCAAUGAUUUGCAACAAUGACUGCAGUGGAAAUACUAGCACUAUCAUUGUUCGCGAUGGUAACAGAGCGCUGUAUCCCAUGUCCAAGGACUGUGUGGGGUCCAUCAAGGACCCGCAAUGGUUUGAUCUGUCUCCUGUUAAAGCUGUGGCAAUGACUACCAUAUCCCUUGCCUCAUUUUUGAGUAACAACAACCAAAAGUCGAAAGUUUGUAUGACAGCUUUACUAUUCGAAUCGCAGAAGUUAAUGCCUCACAUAUUACGUUGUGAUGUCAAAAACGUUUUGGCGGCUUUGAAUCAGAUGGAAAAGGAAGACCGUAAUGAUACUAUACAGAUUGUGGACGAACGAUGUGAUGGAGCACGCAACAUAUUUCACGCAUGCACAAUAAUGUGCUCUCCUACAACUAAUAAGGACAAUGACGAAAAGAAAGUGACCACAUUUACUGGUAUAACAUCGAGAUCUUCACCAGCUCCAACGUCAGUGUUCACUUCAAACCAACCCAAUAUUAUUGACAACUCUACUGCAACAACAUCAAACAACGCCAGUUCAACAUCGUCGUCGGCAUUUCCAAAUAUGUCGUCAUCCGCCAACGCAUCAUCUUCGCGUGAAGGUCGUACCGUCAGCCUUAGGGAAAUGAUGAACCGUCUCAUAAAUACAGAUAUGGAUCAAAGUAGUUCAAACAGCGUGAGCAACAUUGCAAGUAGCGGCAAUGCAAAUGGCGACGAUAACAGUGUGUACAUGGCCCCGUGGACGAUCGAAUCUAACACUAGUUCCUCUGGGGCAAGCGUUAGCGAUAUUAUCAUGGGAAAUAGUGCUGAGGAGGAUUUUUCUAAAAUACUCGCAGGCUGUACGAAUACUCCGGUAGCUGUGAAAUUUACGUCUCCAAAUUAUAUAUUUGAUCCAACGCAACGGCGGGAAAACGCAACUCUCAUACUGCAACAGAUGUGCUCCAGUUCUGCAUUACGCCCAUUUCUUUAUCAGUUCUUGAGCAGUAAAGAUGGCCAGGGUCAAACCCCUUUUAUGUUAGCCGUGUAUAAUCGAGCUUACGAGGCCGGCUUAAUUCUUUUGAAUACUAUACUUACGAUUUCUGAGAAAGAUGUGGCUAUGAAGAACGCCAUGAUUUUUCCUCCUGGAUCGCCUCCUGACCAGUCACCAUUGUAUGUUAUUUGCUAUAAUGAUACUUGUUCAUUUACAUGGACUGGUGCUGAUCACAUCAAUCAAAAUAUAUAUGAGUGCAAAACGUGUGGCUUGACCGAUUCACUCUGUUGUUGUACGGAAUGUGCUAGAGUUUGUCACAAAGGGCAUGACUGCAAACUGAAACGCACUUCACCAACAGCCUAUUGCGAUUGUUGGGAAAAGUGUAAAUGUAAAGCUUUGAUUGCUGGAAACCAAAACAAGCGAUUUGCGCUUUUGUGCAAACUUGCUUCUUGCACAGAUCUAGUUACAAAGUUCAACGCCAAGGGAGAAUCCAUCUUGCUUUUCCUUAUACAAACUGUGGGUAGACAAACUGUUGAACAACGCCAAUACAGAGCAAACGCCCGUGUACGAAAUGUUGCAGGUGGCGCAAGCGGCACGGGCAGUGGUGGCGGAAAUUCCACCCGCAAGUCUUCGUCCUCCAAUGACAUCGAUGUUAACAUGCCAGACCAUGACUUGGAACCUCCCAAGUUUGCCAAGCGAGCCUUAGAACGUUUACUAAUAGAUUGGCAUGCUGUACGAGCAAUGAUUAUGACCGGUGCUGAGAAGUGUGAAACAACUCCGCAGCAACCUCCCAAUUCAAAUGAUGGAUCCAGUUCGGAAAAUUACAACAUUUAUUUGCAAAAUCAAAAUGGGUCGACAUUACUUGAUAAAUUCACACACAACCUUUUUGUCAAAUGUUCGUUGGAUCAUCUGGACACACUUUUAAUGACCCUGGUUAGAGAAAUGCAAAACGAUUCCAUACCAAACCGUAUACAGGAUGCGGAAAUGGUUGCUCGUCGCUUCGUUCGUUCGGUUUCCCGUGUAUUUGUAAUAUUUAAUUUGGAAAAGUUUCCGAACCCUGAUCGUCGCAAAUCUCUUUCAAUGCCCCAAAAACAUAUCCAGAGUUGCGUGAAGGUUUUCCAAACGUUGCAUAAACUGGCUAUAGAGGAACUCUGUGAGGUGUCGGAAGCUUUAAUAGCUCCCGUUCGUCUAGGAGUUGUACGACCAACUGCACCAUUUUUAUCAUCGUCAAACCUCGAUAAUUCCGAUGACCUGUUUAGUGUAGACCCGUUGGCACCGUCCUCCGUUGCCGAAGCAAUAAUUGAUACAAAUACAAUUCAUGAGGCUACCAGUGAAUCAGCUGGGGCAUUUAAUUUUCAGCCAAGUUAUGGCAUCGAUAGCAUAGCUUUAAGGGACGUCUCCGAAAACGAAGAAAACGCCAAUCGUGAAAACUCUGCAAAUAAUCAGGAUGAAGACAUUUUAGAAAGUGGCCGCAAUGAUGAGGGCAUUCAAGACGAUGAAAGCGACAAUGAAUAUACAUUUAAUGAGCCAGAGACUGAAUCGGAUUCAGACGACAACCAAAGCAAUCAAGAUGCCCAGCGAAGUGUACAGACAGGUGCAACAGUUGGAUCAGAAACAGAUAUUGGUGUUUUGUUUCUUGAAGAUGAAUCUGGAGAUUCUUCACCACAGGACGAAGAGGGUUCAGAGGAUGGUGAAACCGAUGAUCAUGAUGACGAUGAAUUCUCUUAUGCUGAUCAUCAAUUGGAGCGAAGAAGUGCAAAUUCUAAUAAUCGAAGUGAUUUGGCACCACAAUCAAUGCAAUGGGCAAUACGAAGUCGCGAUACGGCUCGUUCAUCAGUUCGAAUGCCUGCUGGCUCCAGUUUAGUGUUCAUUGACCCUAUGGCACUACGUCGGUCCACUGUUCCUGCAAGUACAGCGGUUGCAGCGCCUCCUCAAGAACAACAUACAAUGGCUACCACAUCCAGUAAUUUGGCGCGUGCCUUUGGCAUUAUAGUGCGCCAAAUAUCGGAGCUAAUGAGUGGCCUAACAUACAAUAUUUUAAAUGACAUUGAAACGUCCUUAAAGGUUCAACCAGAAGAAGCUGCGAAGUUACAGGAAUUUGUUGAGAAAUGCCUCAAGCCUACUUGGGAUUGGAUGUUUUCAGUAAUGGACAGUACUGAAGCCCAACUAAAAUUUGGAGCGUACCUAACAAAUUACACUGAUCCAGCUCAUCCCCUUCACCCAUUGAAUUUAAGUGCGCAGAACAAUUCAACUCAAUCAAACGGUCAAUCGAAUACUACGUCAUCUAUAGGCAUAAAUGUUUUAGCUUCUUCAUCUCGCCGAGACUUUUUCACCUACUGUUUGUCGUUAAUGCGAGCACACACUUCUGAACACCGCGAUGCUUUACCAGUUCUAGAUAUAGCGGCACUGCGUCAUAUCGCCUAUGUGCUGGACGGAUUCAUAUAUUAUAUGCGAAAUGACACAAACUUUUACGAAAAAAGUGAAGGUAUUGCUGGCAACACAAUAAACACUACGGAAAACGAUGACACUGAUGAUGAACUAUCAAAUAUUCCAAACGAUGAGCCGUAUGGAGAUGGAGGCAUCGGAUCGUCUUUAACGAUGUUGGGAUCGGGAUCUAUACGCCGACACACAUUCUUUGCAAGAUCCGACUCUACUUUGAGUCUAGGGUGCUUAGCUCCAGACGGCUUUGAUUUGCCACUUGAUGUGGCUAUACCUUUAGCGGAUAAACCACAUCUCUUGCAACCAAAUUCUAAGCGACAAGACCUGUUUGCCAAUCUCCCUUUGAUUGUAUCGCCUACAGAAAAUGUAGCAGCCUUGCAAAAUAGCAAGCCAAAUUUUAGUGUGCUCGAUUACCCACCUACAAAAUUAGGGUUUUCAUCAUAUAGUAUAUCAAAGACAUUUACCCAUGACCAAACCACAUCAGCAGAUGCGAUAAAUCAAGUAAGUGAGGAAGAGGACGAUUAUAAAUCUAACGAAAAUAGCGAACAGUUAUCCAAAUCAAAAUCAUGUUUCCGUAUAAAUACUGACAUGCCAUCUAAUGCCGACGUGGCUAAUGAGGGCAGUGGUGGGAAUGUGUAUCUCCAAUUAAAGAAGAAACAGUAUUCAGAUGACCUUAAAUCGGCUGAUCAAGACAAAAAUGAACAUCUUGAUGCGAUGGAUGUUGACAACGCUGCUAGUGGUAAUAUCGAAAAGGCUGUUGAAAUUCAAAACACAAAUCAACCUGUGGUUAUAGCUACUAGGCCCGAUGUUAUAAUAGUUCCGAAUAAAAAUCAACGAACCCCCGACUCUUUGGAUGCCGUGCAGCCAAAUAUUACUGGACCCUCUUCUUCUUCGGCAGUACGGAGCGUUAUUGUUAGAGCAGGUGGCCUGUCCGACUUAGGCCCCAUUAAUGAUGAGCCUUCGACUUCGCAAAAAGCAAGCAUGCCUUAUGUAGUUCCUACUGAUUCCAUUAAAAAUAUAGUCGGGCGUUCAACUAAAAUACCAUCAUUAAUAUUCCCUACGAGAGGUCAACACUUUUGCCAGAAGUGUGACGCGAAUGAAUCUUCUCCAUCGUGGAAUUUUUUGUUAGGUAGGUGGAAGCUGGCUCUUGACUUAUUCGGAAGAGUGUUUAUGGAUGACGUUGGCAUGGAGCACGGUUCAGUUUUACCAGAGCUGCGAGGGUUUCCUGUAAAAGAAAUGCGUUUUAGAAGACACAUGGAAAAACUACGCAACGGCCAGCAACGUGAUUUGAUUCUCUGUAAACUAGAACGUAACCGUGACACUCUUAUAAUGCAAACGUUUAAGGAACUGAAUUCUCAGUUUGGAAGUCAGAAUAGACGCGUCCAUCCACCUCUUACUUUCAAUAGAGUUAAGGUAACUUUUAAGGAUGAACCUGGUGAGGGGUCAGGAGUAGCCCGUAGUUUUUACACCUCAAUAUCAGAAGCGCUGCUAGCAAGUUCAAAAAUGCCAAAUUUGGAGUCUGUUCAAGUGGGAAAUAACAGUGGGAAGUAUGGAGUUCCAUUUUCAAGUAUUCUUCGCAACCGUGGAUCGCAGGGUCGUGAGCCACCAAACUUACAAAGACGUGGUACCGGAAGCAAAAUACUUUGGCGAACAGCAAGAGAAAAAAAGGCGCUAAAUUUUUAUGCUAGACCUUACAUUCCCAUUAUGGACAACUCUGAUAUAUCUGGAGAAAACCCUAAUGAACAUUUGUCUGUACACUUGCAACAAUUAGGGGAGCGUCUGUACCCAAAGAUAUGUUCUAUAAAUUCGGCAAAUGCUUCCAAAAUUACUGGGAUGUUAUUGGAAAUACCAACGCCUCAAUUGUUAUCCAUCUUAUCUUCCGAGGAAAUGUUGCGUCAGAAAGUCAACGAGGCACUCGAUAUUAUUACAUUUAAACAAAAGUCUGACUCGUCAAGUUCCUCAUCUUCAGCAGGACAGUCCAAGAAGAUGAAUCCUGUCGUACUGUUGGAACCCUGUCAUGUAGAAGAUAACGAUCCACUAUUUUAUAUGCCAGGCAAACGAGGAUUUUACACGCCUCGUCAAGGCUAUGGAUCCUUCGAACGUGUUAAUGCUUUUAGAAAUAUCGGCAGGUUAAUUGGACUUUGUCUGCUGCAAAAUGAAUUACUUCCUCUGUUUCUGCAAAGACAUGUAAUAAAAUAUAUUCUAGGACGUAAAAUAAAAUUCCACGAUCUGGCAUUUUUCGAUCCCGUAAUAUAUGAGUCAUUCAGGCAAUUGAUACAAAAUGCACAAGGCGAUGAUGGAGACGAAACGAUAGCACGAAUGGAAUUAUUCUUUGUAAUUGAUCUAAUGAAGGAAGAAGGAGGGGGUAGCGUUGAGUUAAUACCAGGGGGAAAGGAAGUGCAGGUGACUUCUCAAAAUCUUUUCGAUUACAUCAGACGCUACACGGAAUACAGACUGAUUAAAGCUCAAGAGAAGGCAUUAGAGGCGAUUCGCGAUGGUGUCUUCGACGUAUUGCCGGACAAUUGUAUGCAGAGUUUGACUGCGGAAGACCUGCGUCUCCUCUUGAAUGGAGUAGGUGAUAUCAAUGUGUCAACUCUUAUAUCAUAUACGACAUUUAAUGAUGAAUCUAGUGAAGGUUCAGACAAGCUCUUAAAAUUUAAACGCUGGUUCUGGAGCAUUGUGGAAAAAAUGAACACGUUAGAAAGACAAGAUUUGGUAUAUUUUUGGACUGGAUCCCCUGCUUUGCCGGCAUCUGAAGAAGGCUUUCAACCAUUACCCUCAGUCACAAUUCGACCGGCAGAUGAUACUCACUUACCGACAGCCAAUACAUGUAUAUCUAGGCUGUACAUACCUUUGUAUUCGAGCAAGUCAAUUUUGCGUAGCAAAUUGCUUUUGGCUAUAAAAUCGAAAAAUUUUGGUUUUGUAUAGAAUAUAUAUACAUAUAUUCAUUCCUACAGGCGUAAAAUUGAGAAGUUAGACUUUUUUCUUUUACAUUUCAAAGACUUCAGCCUAUAUAUAUGUUCAUUACACCAUUUUCAAUAUGCAUUAUUAUAUACAUACAUAUGUGCUAAACAAUGA